GCAUACGCUACUUACGUCCACCAACUCCAUCCUCAUCUACAAACCAUCGUCAACAUGGAGAAUCAAGUUGCAAGUGUCAAGGCCUCAGAGCAUGACCUAGCCGGCAAAGUGGCAGUUGUGACAGGUGCUUCGCGCGGUAUCGGACGAGGCAUUGCCCUCCACCUCUCAAGCCGCGGUGCGAGCAUCAUUGGAACAUGUUCUGCACCGUCCUCCCUGAGCAAAAUCGAAGGCUUGAAAGCCGAGGUGGCUUCACUGUACAGCAAAGACACUAGAUUCUCCGCACCACGGAUUACAGCUGUCGUUGCGCCGCUUCUAGAACCCCAACAGUAUUGUACCGCUAUUGUCAACGCAGUCAAAGAGUACGGGGGCUUGAACAUCCUCGUACAGAACGCUGCGGUCGUGGAAGUUGCGCCAGUGGACUUGAUCGGCCAGGACCACGUUACUCGCUUGCUUACAGCCAACGUUGAAGCACCUGUAUUUCUUGUGCAAGCACUUCUCCCGUAUUUUCGCCCUGACAGCCGUAUCAUUAAUAUCUCUUCUGAAGGAGGUCGAGAUCCUUCUCCAGUUGCUUUGGUUUACAGCGGUUGCAAGAGCGCUUUGGAAUCAAUGACUCGCGUAUGGGCUGACGCAUUGGGGACACGGCCUGGGAUGGAGAGGACUACAGUGAACUCAGUUGCUGUUGGCAUUACCCAGACUGAAUUGGCAUCACAAAUGCCGGAUACCCCCGAAAUUCGACAGUUCCUUGAAGCGAAGGAAAAUGCAUGCAGUGUAGAGAAGAGACUUGGUAGAGUUGGUGAUAUAGCUGAAAUCGUUGGCUUUUUGUCAUCUGAGAAGAGUCGAUGGGUCAGUGGGAGCGUGGUCUGCGCAAAUGGUGGUGCUGUAAAAAUACUUUAGGAAAAAGCCUUUCUCCGUCCGUCUAAGCUCGCCAGAGCUUCACGGUUCAAUCCUAGGUACUUGUCGCGACGAGGAACGAUUCCAGGUCAGAGUUUCACGAGUAGAUUAUCAA